AUGGCUUUGCCCGCAGCUUCCUUUAUGAAGCCGACCUCCCUCCGAAACCUGAACCUCCUCCUCCGCACCGCGCCCAGGUUCGUGCAGAACCAGUUCCGGCUUCACAGCACCACCUCCUCGUCGGUCAACCCGGAAGAAGUCUCGCACUUCAAUGCCCUGGCGUCGACAUGGUGGGAUCCGCACGGCUCCUCGCGCCUCCUGCAUCUCAUGAACCCUCUGCGCCACGACUUCAUCCGAAGCUGCCAUGCCGUACAGCCGGAUCCGCCGCCUCGAGACGGGAUCAGGUAUCUGGAUAUUGGGUGCGGAGGGGGGAUAUUCGCCGAGAGCGCUGCAAGGCUGGGGAGCACGCAGAGCGUGACGGCUAUCGAUCCAAGUCCUGAGGUGCUGGCUAUCGCAAAGGGACACGCGAGGCAGGACCCUGGGUUGAAAGGGAAAUUGACCUAUCUCAAUACCUCUAUCGAGGAGCUGCCGCAGCCGGCGUCGGUGGAGGAGCAAUACGAUGUCAUGUCGGUGUUUGAGGUCAUUGAGCACAUUACCUACCCGGCCGAGUUCCUGGAUCUGUGCACCCCGUUUGUGAAGCCCGGAGGGUGGAUCGUGAUGAGUACGAUUGCGCGGACGUGGACGAGCUGGGUAACCACGAAGCUUGUGGCGGAGGAUCUAGCGAGGAUAGUGCCGCGGGGGACGCAUGAUUGGGACAAGUACAUUAAUGAGGAGGAGCUGAGAGGUUACUUUUUGAAGGAGGGGGGCUGGAAUAGCCCAAUGGUUCUGGGGGUGGUGUAUGUGCCUGGUGUUGGGUGGAAGGAGGUUCCUGGGGGGGAGAAAUUGGGGAACUACUUCUUUGCAAUUCGCAGGGACAAGUGA